CUCUCUGAGGCUCUGAGCAACAGAGUCUCUCUUUGCUCUCUGCAGUCUGCCCAAACAGAGCAUUUUGAUGUUUUCUUCUUUAUUUCCUCACUCUCUUACCCAUUGAAGAUUCCCCAAUCUCCAUUUCCUGUUUCACAUGGGCUUUCUUUUCCCCCUCUAAUCUCGCUUUCCAUUUCUCUUUACCGAAAUCGCUGAUUUCAAUUUCGUUCAAGUUUUGUUCCCACAUUUGUCAAGUUCUUUUUUAGCCUUAUUCACGUCUAACCUCAACUGGGUAUUGUCCCUUUCUCGUGUUCUCUCAUUGUAUUCUCUAGGGUUUUGAUUUUCCCGUCAGUUCGAUCCAAAUUCAAUUUCAAGUUUUUGUCUUCUGGGCACUCUCAGAUCUUGUUUCUAAUUGGUGGGUGCUCUUCGAUUUUCGAAAUUGUCCAUCUUUCAGCCAAAUUCGAUGUCACAGGGCUACGCAGUUGAGCUCUACUUCGAUCCAGCGCUCGAGAACCAGGUCUUGAAAGCAUGGAACGUUCUUGCUCGGCGUCAAAUCAGUACCCAAUUGAUGGAAAUCGAAUCGAGACCCCACCUUACCCUCUUUUCGAGCCCUUUUAUUGAGCCUACCAAACUUGAGUCUAUCAUCAAGAAUUUUGCUUCAAAGCAGGAGCCGUUGCCCUUGUCUUUCUCUGCAAUUGGGACCUUUUCCAGUGACAAAAAUGUCCUCUUUCUUGCACCUGCACCGACAUUGUCGCUUCUACAGUUUCAGUCUCAGCUGUGUGAUGCCAUGAGGAAGGAAGGAAUUGAAAUUGGGGAUGAGUACAAAGCGGAUUCUUGGAUUCCCUAUUGCUCUGUUGCUGAGGAAGUACCAAAGACUCGAAUGGCAGAGGCUUUUUGCGUGUUGAGGGACCUAAAAUUGCCGGUUAAUGGGUAUGCAAUGGACAUUGGAUUGGUGGAAUUCUCCCCUGUUCGCGAGCAUUUCUCGUUUAUGCUUGGUAACACAAUGGAAGCUUGAGGUUUGGGGAUCUUUACUAUGUAACUUUAUAGUUUCGAAUGUCCUCCUUGCUUGGUGCUAGCGUAGGUUUAGAUCAACUAUGGAUUUUAGCUGCAGCUUAAUAUUUCUUUCAAAUUUAGUUGCUGCUUGCUGUUGUACCUUCUCUUGCAUGCAGACAUUUUUUUUUUUUUCUUUUCUGAGGUUUAUUGAUGAUACAUUUGAAAUUUUCAUCUUGUGAUUGUUACCAGCUUCAGUAUUAAAUAAGAAACGUAUUUUGCAUUUGAUCAAACCCUUUAGUUAAUAGUUAUUAGGUUUUUCCUUUAGAUGUUAACAUUUGGUGUAUGGCAGAUUUCACAAGCUGCAUCCUCUGCUUGCUUUCUUGAGCAUAGCAUAAAAUAUUAAACUUUGGAGUGUUGACAACAUCCAUAUUUAUUCUGUUUGUUAUCAUUACAAAUCAUGACGUUCACAUUUCUAAUCAUGAAUUUGUGACCAUUAAAGAUCAGAUAUUUACCAUCAAGGAAUCAGGUUUGAGAUGCAUUCAUAGUGUUUAUAACAAUAGAAAUCUGACCUGCAA